UCCUAGAAUGUCAAUUGUCCACAUCUGUAAGGGGACACCAACCCCUUCGUGGCAGAGUUGUUGGGACAACUGAAUAAACUAAAGCUGCUUGCCAGUAUCUGGGGCACGGGAGCUCUCGGCACGUCCUCCGUCUUCUAGACGCCCUGGGCCUCGGAGGGCGGGGAGCCGCGUCGGGGCGGGGGGCGGGGCUGCUCCACUCUCUCCUUGAGCCUCGGGGUUGCGGUCCCAGGAAAGCGCCGCGUUUCCCGCUGCGGCCCCUCACAUCUGCGGGCGAAGGAGCCGGAGGAGGGCUCGCCGGGCCGCGUCCUGAGUCCCAGAUGUCCUCCUCGCUCCGGGAGGAACCGGUGCCCCUCCAGCCCGCGGCCACCCCAGGGCGCAGCGGGGCUCAGGGCGGCCCCUCUGAGCAGUGACGAAGAGAUCCUUUACAUCCUUACGGCGGUCCAGAGGACCCCGAAGCUACUGGUCGGCCGGGGCUGGCCGAGGACUGUUUGAGGCGGUCACCCUGGAGACGGGCCGCGGAGUCCAGCGGCGGGGUGCGAGCAGAGGGAGGCCUGGGAGGCGGGAGCCCCGCCCCGCGCGGUCCCGCAGUGGACGAGCCCGAGGUCUAGGAGGCCCCCGGCAGGCCGAGCCGCAGCUCCUGCCCUGCUGGAGGCUUCAGGAUGAUGCCCUCGAGCAGCGCGAGUCCUGAGCCGUUUUCCUGAGGCCGGCUGACGCGGCUGGCGACCUCCAGCGUCGGCUGCAUCCCCUCAGGACCUCAGGUUAUGAUGACGUCAGAUACGGCUAGAGACGCAGCGGCUGGCUCGUUGAAGCGAAGGGCGAGCACGUCCUCGCUGAGCAGUCGGGGAUGCCGGCGGCACGAGCUCCACGGGCGCCCCAAAGGCUCGAUGAGCACCGUGUCUUAUGUGGAUGAACCUGGCCAGCAGGACGAUGUCGCUCGCCUCACAGUUCAGCUGGAAAACACCUAUCAGCUGGGUCCCACCAAACCUUUUCCUGUGGUUGUUGUCAACCAUAUUUUGAAAGAUGUGUUAAGCAACUACCUGCGGGAAGAACGGUAUGAUCCAGAGGUCUGUAGGCAGAUGGCAAAGACGGUCUCUGAGGUUAUUAAAGGCCGGGUCAAGGACUUGCUGAUUCCGCGGUAUAAGCUGAUGGUGGUUGUUCACAUUGGGCAGCUGACGAGUCAGAGCAUACUUAUUGGAAGCAGAUGCCUCUGGGAUCCUAAAAGUGAUACCUUUUCAUCUUACGUUUUCAGAAAUUCUUCUCUCUUUGCUCUUGCAAAUGUCUAUGCGGUUUACUUUGAGUGAUUGAAAAUAAGAAAUGUAGUUCUGGGGCCAGCCCAGCAGUGUAGUGGUGAGUUCACAUGCUCUGAUUUGGUGGCUGAGAUUUGUGGGU